AUGGCAACCGCUCCUUCCUCCUCGAAACCACAGAAAAUCUCUAUUCGUGCUGAAGAAUGGGACCGUCGUCUCCAUGAAGUCCAGAUAACCAAACAUGACCUGAACCGUCUCAUCAUGGACUACCUUGUUGUGGAGGGCUACAAGGCAGCUGCAGAAGAGUUUUCCCAAGAGGCCAACCUCUCUCCUGAUGUCGACUUAGAUAGCAUCGAAAGCCGCAUGAAUAUCCGUGACGCUUUGCAUCGUGGAGACAUAGAAGACGCUAUUGCCCGCGUCAAUGACUUGAAUCCAGAGAUCCUGGACACCAACCCGGCCCUUUACUUCCACCUCCAACAACAACGGCUCAUCGAAUACAUACGCGAAGGACGCAUUGCAGAGGCUCUGCAAUUUGCGCAAGCUGAACUAGCUCCGCGUGGAGAAGAAAGUCCCGAGUUUUUGUCGGAGCUGGAGAAGACGAUGGCCUUGCUAGCCUUCGAUGUUAUGCCUUCUGCGCCGCCUGGGAUCUCUGAACUACUUUCUCAUGCUCAGAGGAUGAAGACGGCUGGCGAAGUGAAUGCAGCGAUUUUGGAGAGCUUAGGUCAACCGAAGGAUGUGAAGCUUGAUGGUCUCUUGAAGUUAUUGGAGUGGGGAGAGAAAGAGUUAUCAGAUCGCGCAGAGUAUCCUCGUUUACACUUGUAA